UCCUUAUCAUCUAUCUAUGUGUGUGUGUGUAUCUUGGAAGAGGCAUGGCGUUAGAGCAUGCACUGUCAUCGACUACCCAAAGCUUAAGGAACUUAUUCACAAUCCCCCAAAACCCUAAUUUAAAACCCCAAUUCCAAUUCGGUUUUCCCCACUGGAAAACGCAGCAACGAUGGAAAGGGAAAGGGAAAUUGAAAUGCUCCAUGAGCACCGCCGCAGUAGCAUACCCUAAGCCCUCAGAGAUUCCAUGGAAGAAGGAGCUCUGCAACUCCGUCAACCUCAUUGGCAUCGUUGCCGUCCCCGUCGAAAUCAAACACUUUCCCUCCGGCAAAGUCGCUGCCUGGACACGCCUCGCCGUCAAGAAAAACGCCACCCAAACAUCAUGGAUUCACGUCACAUUCUGGGACGACCUCGCUCAUGUUGCUUCCCAGCAUUUGCAGAAAGGCCACCAAAUUUAUGUGUCUGGUCGCCUCGUAACCGACACUGUUGAAAGUGACGAAGGCAAACAUCAAAUAUACUACAAGGUGGUGGCUCAGCAGCUGAAUUUCAUUGAUCAGAGUUUCUCUCCGGUGUCCUCCCAUGAUCAAGAGUUUGAUUUGGGGAUGGCCGGCACUGGCAGGAAAGUGAGUUAUGCUGCAAAUAAUACUGGUUCUGUGGUGGAAUUAUGGCAAGCAUUCUUUGCUAACCCAGGGGAGUGGUGGGACAAUAGGAAAAAAAAGAGGAACCCAAAAGCUCCUGAUUUUAAACACAAAGAUACAGGGGAAGCUCUGUGGAUUGAAGGCAGAUCCAAUCCACCAUGGGUCAAGUCCCAAUUGGAAAUAUUGGACAUGAGAAUGGGGGCUCUUGCUGGUCAAAACGCUAGGAUGCCUGUAGAUAUGGUGACUGCAGAUGAAAUCUUGUCUUUCUAAAAGCUCAUGUCAAAUCUUGCCCAACGUAAUAUUCAAUUUCGUUCAACUGAGAAACUUCUCUGUACAGUUUGCAUUUUGCCCAUAAUUUUAAUUCUACACAUGGCAACACUGAUAAUGGUCUGUGGUGGUAUAUUAACUGGACUGAUCGUAAUGGCCUACUCUAUCCCAGGCAGUGGCAUACAGUGACCAAUCCCAAAAUCACUAGUGGGAUAGCUGAAGGUGAAACGCAUGCAUUUGGGAACCUGUUGAAACCAACGCAAAUCCAUGUUCUUGUCAAUGUUCCAAUUUUUGGUUUCCAUGUUUAGUGUAUUGGAAUGAGUGAACUUUUGUUUGAAAGAAUGUGAAUCGGUUUCCAAACAUGCUCAUAGCUCAAUUCACUAAGGAUUAUAUUUUUAGUUUGUGCCUUUUUAAUAUAUACGGAGAUGGGCUAAGAAAUAAGAAUUAACCUAGCUG